AUGACUGGAUGCUAUCCAAUUCUUGCUGCCUCCAUAGCAGACGCCUUUUCGUUCUCGUCCUCAUCUCCUUCCCCACCGCUCGGAAGCACCAUGCCUUCAGACAAACUCAUCUCGUUCGAACACUUCUGUGAUCCCGUCAAACCUUCUCCAGAACAGAUCGCCUUCGAAGCUCUCUUGGCAAAAGUCAAAUUCAACGCCGAGCUGGAAGCCCUGGGACCAGCACUCGGUUUUGGCCAAUUCAGCACCUCUGUCGGCAUUCGGUAUGACUCUCGACAAAAUGCAAACUAUAUUGUCCUUGCAUGGUGCGAAAAAACACCUGUCCAGACGAGUUCAUCCCUUCUGCCGAAGGGAUGGACCGGGACUGAUUGCAAUUGGACCUACUCCCGGAUGGGCAAGUCCCCAUCGAGGUUCAGUUUCUCCCUCGAGAUACACUCGAGCUAG